AUGAAACCCCCCUUAGGAAUUAAAGGUCUAAAUACUCAAGGUAAAGGAGAACUGGUUUAUACUGAUGAAAUUAAAAAGCAUUUUACUGCUAUUUUAGAAGACAUUGAUGACUUAGUUAAUACUGGACAAGUCUACACCCAUAAGGAUGAAUAUCAAGACGACAAUAGCAGCAAUUUCGCACGGCGCAAUACUAUUCUUUAUGGAAUGGCUGGCACAGGAAAGACUGAAUUUCCUCGCCAAUUAGUUUUUGAAAUUGCGGCCAAGCAUCAAUCAGAGAACGAAAAAAAACUAAAUGAAUAUAAUGAAGAUUUAACUAAAAAGCAAGAGCAGUUAAUUAAUGAUCCUGAAAGCGAACAAUUAAAAACCGAAAUUGAAGAACUAAAAAAUCUUAUUCAAGAUUGCGAACAACAAUUAGUCCAAGAGGAAAGUAAAUUAGUACCUGUUUUUCAAAUUGAUGGUUUUCAUUUGCAAACUGCAGGUAAAGCAAUCAAUGAUAAAGGCUUAGAAAGUCAUGAAAAGUUAAUUGCUAUUAUAAAAGAAUUAAAAAAAGAGGCAUUUGGUGAUGCUUAUAGUGAUAAACCUUAUAUAGUUUUCGUGGAAGAAGCUGACCAAGGUACAAAUGUUAUGACAGCAGGUGGCGGAGGCAAAAAAAAUAACUUGUUGGAAGAUUGA